AUGGUCAAGGCAGGGUCACCCUUCCCAUCCCGGAGCAGCUCAGACACCAUAGAGCUCACCGAGUUCGAGGACGUGGUCGUGACACCAGAUCCGGACCACUUUCACCGCCAUCCCCACAGGCAGUCGUCCCUUAUACCCGAGCCAGACCCGAACGAAUCUGAUGGUGAAGACGACGGCCUGGACGCUGGUGACCUCGCGCUGCUCGGGGCGGGUAGGAGGACCGAUUCGCGUGCACCUGCGCGUCGUGGUACAGUGUGGGCGCAAGUCAAGAGCCUCGUCACAGAGACCUCACCUACACUCCUUGUGACUACACUAGGGUUGUUGUUUACUGGCGAAUUGUUGGCCACUGCCUCGCAUUGGAAAGAGCUAGCCCGUGUGGAUGAACUCAUUAUGAUCAUUCCCGUGGUACUCAAUCUCAAGGGCAACUUGGAAAUGAACCUCUCCGCGCGGUUAAGUACCGCCGCUAACAUCGGAGAGCUAGACAAACGAGACACACGUCGACAAAUCAUCAUCGGCAACCUGACGUUGCUACAAGUGCAAGCCGCCGUUGUGUCUUUUGUCGCAGCAUGCGUCGUAUUCAUCCUUGGACGGAUAACGGCCUCGCCAGUGCCCACUGGAACAGCACCCGCUACUCCUGGCAAUGCUGUCGCAAAUGCUACUGCUUCAGCAGUGCAUACAUCGUUACUGGCAUCGCUGCAGCCCAGGAAACCACGAGUAGCAUUGCCGCAAGGUGGUAGAAAGAUUUCGGGGCCGCAAGAAUUCAUCAUGGUGGCUUCUGCCGCAAUGUGCUCAUGUGCGCUCUCAGGCGUAUUCUUGGGGUCAUUCAUGUGCGGCCUCGUCGUGCUAUGUCGCCGUUGGGGGUAUGACCCUGACAACGUGUCACCUCCCGUGGCAGGCUGCCUGGGCGAUAUGCUUACAUUGACCAUCCUCACUGGUGUAUCCCUGCUCCAUGUUCACAUCGAGAACACGCCGCUUCCCCUAAUAUUCGUCAUCUGUCUGAGCCUCAUUGCGGUAGCACUGGCCUUCUCUGUUCGCCGAAAUCCCGAGGUCAGUCAUUUACUGAAGCAGGGGUGGUGGCCUCUGUUCGCUGCGAUGAUCAUCAGCAACGGCACCGGGCUGCUGCUUGAUACUUUUGUCUCGCGAUAUCGAGGUUAUGCGUUGAUUGCGGUCGUUAUCACUGGUCUUCCAGGGAGUAUCGGGGCAAUAUUUGUCUCUCGACUGUCGACCGCGCUUCACGCAGCUGCUAUCACGAUCCUGCCCUCCUCCGCGGACCACAAGGCGCACCCGAGUCCACGCUUGGUGAUGACCACACUGCUCGUUGUCGGAUUUCCCAUCCAGCUAGUAUUCCUCGCCUUCAUCUAUGCGUUCGGCUGGAUUCACCUCCCGUUCAUCUUCGUCGUCCUAGAGGUUCUUUUCUACUGUACCGUGGUGGGGAUAUCCCUCGUUCUCGCGCGGGGAAUCACCGAGUACUUCUGGAAGUGGGAACUCGACCCGGACAUGUACGCGCUGCCCAUCCACUCCGCGCUGAUGGACGUCGUCGGCCAGUCCUUGCUGGUGGUGUGCUUCGAGGUCGCUUCGCUGCUAGGUGCGAAGGUGCGCUCCAUAAACCAUAGACUCCCAGUCCCGGCAGGGGUGGCACAGGGCCGUCUACAUCCUGUCAUGCAUUACACUUUAACUUAUGCAACUACCUGUAACUUAAUGUAA